AUGAUCAUCAUUAAACCAGACUGGGUUUGUCAUGGAGGUAAUCGCGCUGAUUCGAGAAAUAAGAAGCCAUGUAUAUACUCUAUUCACGUUCAUCCUGAUGGUCAGAGAAUAGCUACAGGAAGUAUAGACGGCACUGUCAAAAUAUGGAAUACAAGGCCUAUAUAUGACGAAGCGGCUGAACUCGAUCCUAACUGCCAUAAACUACUAUCUACUAUGACCAAUCACAAUGGCGCGGUACUAUGUGUUCGAUGGUCAAACAAGGAUGGAAGAUAUCUUGCUUCGAGUUCGGAUAAUGACAACGUUAUUAUGAUAUGGGAACGCGACACAGGACACGAAUCGGAUGUGCAAGAUUUAUCUUGGUCAAGUGACAACCGUUAUCUUGCUUCUUGUGGUGUCGAUGGAUUGAUAAUGAUCUGGGAUGGAAAUACUUUUGAACUUGUUAAAAAGGUGGAUCAACAUACAGGUUUUGUAAAAGGAAUAACUUGGGACCCUGCGGGGAAAUUCCUGGCCUCUCAAUCAGAUGACAAAAGAGUGAAGAUAUGGAGGACGUCCGACUGGCAACUUGAGACCGAAAUAGUAGGUCCCUUUAUAAACGCACCGGGCACAACAUUAUUUAGACUAAAUGGCAUUCAAUGUAUCGCUGCUAUAAUCAAUCGAGAUGAUUGGAACGCAGAUAUAUCACUCGUGGGACAUACAAUGCCAGUUGAAGUAACUGCUUUUAACCCUAAAAUGUUUUACAUGAGAGAUGAUGAAGACGAGAACAUCGCUGAAGAAGCUUCACCGGCUUCCAUUUGUGCAUUGGGUAGUCAAGAUAGAAGUGUAUCUAUUUGGGUUACUAAAUUCAGCCGACCUCUAUGUGUAGCAGCGGAUCUCUUUGAUAACAAUAUUUAUGACGCGAAUUGGACUCCAGACGGAAGAACCUUAUUUGCCUGCUCUCAAGACGGUACUGUUGCAUGUAUCAUGCUCGACACAGAGUUAGAGGACGUGGUGCCGGAUGAUGAAAUUAAUUCUGAGUUGGAGAAGUAUGGCUUCGGCAGAGUAGGUAAUCACUUUCCUGAGACGCCAAUGCAGCUUGAACUUGAAGAAGAAGGAAAAGAUAAACCGAACAAAACUCCAUCAAAAAGAAUAGAAAAAUUGAUGACAGGAGGAGAAGCAUCGUUUCCGGGCUUCCAAGAAGACACGGACAUGACGGAUGCAGUUAUACCGCAAGGAAAUAAAACAGAAGCCUCAAACAUUGAUAUACCAGCCUCGAUUAUUACAGCGCAGCAAAAAGUGACGUAUAAGAACGGUAAAAAACGUAUUCAGCCGGUUAUGGUUUCUUCCGCAUCAACAAGGCCAGCAGUAGCAACAAACAACUUAUCAAAUGGAACUGUGAAUUCACAACCGAAAAUUCAUGUAAGUGGGCAAUUGAUCGUAUGCUUAAUUUGUUCCAUUUAUCCUGAAAUUCGUUAA